GCAGGGAGAGGCGGAGGAGGAAAAGGCAGAGAGAGAGAGCCCAGCCCUUGAAUGCACGGCAACAACACGCCGUCAGAGAGAGGGAGAGACUCAGAGAGACUGGCCGUCUUUUGGGGGGAGCAAAGGGAACCUUCGACGCUGCGGAUAUGAACUGAAAAGACACACUGGAAGAGGAAGGGAUCGUGUACCUAUAUCCCCAAAUUUUACUGUAAAGGUGGAAAACUAGCCCCCCCCUAAACCCUCCUCUCUCCCCUAACAGUUCUUAUUCAGAUAGAGCUACACCCAAAGCCCCGAACCGACCCCCUCCUGCUCCUGCUGCUCCACCCCUCCGCCGCUGCACCCGCUCCGGCAACCGAGAUGCACACGGAGACCCGUAACAAGAAAUGCCAGUCGACUCCUAAGCAGAAGAAGAGCGCCGCCGGCGGCCAGAAGAAGAAGAGGAGGAGCCCGGCCAAGCAGAGCGCACUAACUCAGCAGCCGCAGCCGUCGUCAGCAUCACCGCCGCCGACGCAAGAGGAGGAGGAGAAGGAGGAGCCGGUGACCAGGCCUCGGCCGCCGCUGAAGGAAGAGGAAGAGGAAGCAGGCGAGGAGGAGCGAGAGGAAGUAGCGUCACAGUCUUUGAAGAAGAAGAAGAAGGAGGAAGAGGAGGAACCGAGGGAGGAGGAGGAGGAGGAGGGCGGGACAGACAUGCCCUCUGUACAGAUCAAACCAGAGCCUGAGGAGAUGGAGUGCACGCAGGCGGAGGUAGGCGAUGACUGCACACAGCCCGCAGACCUGGUAAAGGUGAAGACGGAGCCCACAGUUUGUAAGACGGAGCCGUCCUCGCCCCAGCAGAGCCCCGCAGAGGACCAGACGGAGCCCGUCGACCUGUCGCUCAACAAGCCCCGCUCCUCUUCACUUCCUGCUUCUACGACAUGCACCACUGUCAACCCUGCACCCAGCUGUGCCAUGACCCAACCCGGCCUUUCUGCCACACCUGUCACCACUACCGUACAAUCCAUAGGCUCCAUGGUCCUCUCUCCGGGCUCCAUCUUGGCCACUCAGGGUGCGGGGGGCCAGCAGAUCCUCCACGUCAUCCACACGAUCCCCUCCGUCAGCAUGCCCAGCAAGGUGGGCCAGCUCCAGACCAUCCCUGUGGUGGUCCAGUCGCUGCCUGUCGUCUACACCACCAUGCCUACCGAUGGUGUUGCAACGGCGGCCAUCACAGUCCCGCUCAUAGGCAGCGACGGGCGCUCAGAAGGAUCUGUUCGUAUUAAGCCUGGCUCCACGUCUCCAGUGGAGUAUCAGAGUGACAGUGACGCAGAGAGCGGCACAGAGUCUGGAUCGGCCUCACUCAGUGCCCAGAGCAUCGACGCAGGGUCGGUGAUGGACUUAGAGCCCGUUGAUCCAGAUUCGCCCGACAUCAAGAGGAGGCGGAUCCACAUGUGUGACUAUGAAGGCUGCAAAAAAGUUUACACCAAGAGCUCCCACCUCAAAGCUCACAGGAGGAUACACACAGGAGAGAAGCCCUACCACUGUACCUGGGAGGGCUGCACCUGGCGGUUCGCCCGCUCCGACGAGCUCACCCGGCACUUCCGCAAGCACACGGGGAUCAAACCUUUCCGCUGCACUGAGUGCGACCGCUCCUUCUCGCGGUCCGACCACCUCUCCCUGCACCGCCGCCGCCACGUCAUGAUGUGAACUGCCCUCCCCCCCCCCCCCCCCCCCCCUCCUCACAGCACAUCUUGUACCAGAGAGCCCCGCCGCAAAGGAACCUCUGCUACUUCCUGUUUCCCAAACGUCAGAAUUUCAAGCUCCAUCUGCAGAUACAAAAGACACCGAACCUCCUCGUCCUCGUCCUCGUCCUCCUCUUCCUCGUCCUCAUCAAGAAUCGGAGGAAGAGGCGGGGACAACAGAAGGAGAGAUGUGGACGUGCUGUUUGAACAUGUGACACAUUUGAACCAGACGAGGAACAUUAAGUAUGACGUCACUUCAGCUGCUUAAUAUUCAUUUUUGCACAAAUCAAGAGUCGGAAAAAAUCCCCAAAACGAGCCUCAAACAUCCUUUUCCUGGAAUUCUUUUUUUAAAUUUUUUUUUAGGAAUUCAGGAACUUUACUUUCUUAUUUCUUACAAAUUCCCCUGGAAAUAAAACGAUGGAAUCAUAUCGUAAACUGGUCAUUUUCCUCUGACGUCCCGCUGGUGGUGUUGGAAGCUAAAAAAAUCUGUCCUGGAGUCGUCUUUAAAUAAUAUAAACGUAGGGAACUAGAGAGCGGUUCAGUACGGUAAUCCCUGAUCUCGCUUGUGUUUCCCCAGCCAAACGUACAUUUACCACAGCUGAUUGUUAGCUCGAUGGCGAUCACAGCAUCAGAAACAAAAACAGCCCUUGAAAUAAAUCUCUCGGAAAUCCACGGGAGACUCAAACAUGAUGCGUUUUUUGUUUUUCCUUUGUAACCGCUGUCACACAGGAAGUGACAAUUCUUUCAACCAAUCAGCAGACUAUAAUGUGUCUAACUCCGCCCCUUUAGAAUAAGAUCGGUACGUUUGGCAUCCCGACAGAUGGGAAGCAAAAACAGAAGGACGCUCCUGAUAUGGAUGUUUUAUUUUGGAACCAUUCUUAACUUUUGACAGUGGAAACUCAUUGGACCCACAGAGUUUCCAGAUGUUGUGGAAAUGUGCAAAAAGGAAAUCGGAGCUGUUUGUAAAAAGGUUCUAAAACAACCGCAGCGUUUCAUCAAUCCUGAAAGAAAAGGCUCCCUCAUGGUCACAUCAGCUGACGUGACGUCAAACUUAUAUUUCCUCCUCAGGAGAGUUUCUGUCUUUGAUCUAAAAUAAGUCUAUUUAAUCCUGACUCCCCCCUGCAGCCCCCCCGUCCCGUCCCCCCCUCGCCUGAUACAGGGAGCUACAAGACUGUGAACUUUUUACAGAUCCAUUUGUUUUCAGUGUAACAAUCACUCCCCCCGCACACACACACACACACACACACACACACACACACACACACACCUUUUACUGAUUCUUCUUCUUUAUUAACAGUAUUUGCUUUGUGUGCGUUGUUGUUGUUGUUUUUACAAACAUAAGGCCUUCAGUUCUUUUUGUCGUCGUCGUCGUUGUUUUUCUUUGCCAGGUUUGGCGGACUUAACAGAACAAAAAAAAAAAAAGAUGAUGAUUUGAGUUUUGUCUGUUGUGUUCUGAGGCUGUGAAAAAGACGGAGGAGGACACACACAUGGUUUGAGAUUACAAGUUAAACUCUCACGCAGGGACUAGGGGAGCUUUUCCGAGUGUGUGUGUGUGUGUGUGUGUGUGUGUGUGUGUGUGUGUGUGUGUGUGUGUGUGUGUGUUUUUGCGUAUAAACAACAUAAUCAGAAUUUAAGAUUUUUACGAGUGUGUGUUCCGGGCACUUGUUGUUCUUUUACCUCUUGCCCGUUGAGCCUUAAUAACUGAAGUCAAUCUGAAAAGGGCGAAACCAGAACCACUGACCGCCGACGCCUGGCCGCACAUCGAACCCGGUUCUUUAUUAAGUAUUUGACAUCAUGAACCGCUUGCACACGUCUGCUGCUUUGCUGCGUUCUGACAUUUAAACAUGAACUGUGGGCUCUUCAGAUUCAUUAUCAUGCAGCGUUGCAGGACAAAGAGCCAAAAUGGCCGCCAUUAGGAGCCACAGUGGCCAGACGGUCUGUCGGUGGUUCUGGGAGAAAACCAGGCACCGUGUCGGGCCGUCAGGGUCCGGAGUGUCUGCGGUGUAAACCAUGGGGAAACUAAGCGCUCUCCUCACUAGCAUUUCUGCCAGGGUCGGGGUGUGUGUGUGUGUGUGGUGGGGAGGGGGGGGGGGGAUUCUGUUACAACUGUUUAACAUCACUACUUACCGUAAAAUCUAGAAUAUAAGUCGCAGCGGUAGGCUAUUUAAGACGCAGUCUGUUCAAACUGUCCUUCCUGCGUGAUGGCUUCAAUGCUGUGCAGCUCUCUCAAGAACCGCUAUGUGUGCUAGCUACCAGUAUGCUAGCUCCCGGUAUGCUAGCCGAGCGCUCAGCCUGCGGUAACGCUGAUAGCUGUGAAGUACAGACGCACAGCCUGCAACAGUUUGCAGAAAGUUGCGCUGGUGACUUGUUGUCUUUAACCGAAGAGUCUUUUCAAUCCAACCAGGACUUCUCAAGGUUUAAUUACUGAUCUUAAAUGUUUUCUUUAAAAUGUAGUUAGUUUAUUUUUAAAUGCAGGAUUAUGACCUCAUGACGGAGACAAGCCGUUGAAAAGUGGCGCCGCCAGCCUUGUCGGUAUCGCCUUGUUUGUCCCCGUCAUGGCGGUGCACGUCUCUGCAAUUUAAACUGCUAUUGGUAAAAAAGUGUUUACUACUUUUUAGAUGCGUUAAGUGCGUCUUAUUCAUCAGAUUUUACGGUAACUUAAAGCCUCAAAAACAAUCUUCCUAUAAAUCUAACUGAAGAAUCUCGUUUUUUAACCCCGUACGUCGUGUGUUCUGGAAGAUUCUCACACAAACACCUUCAUGUCUUGAUGCUGAACACUGAGCAACAGUUGGAACAGAAUCGAACCCCCUCCUGACUCUGCUCUCUGACCCCGCGGCGUCCAUGUCUUAAGCGAGCUGUUUUUCAGCUCCGAUUCUGGACUGAACUUGAUUAUGCAACAUUUAAAACGCAGACCUCGCUCAAAGCGCUGUUCUGGACUCAGUAGUAGAGCACUAGCUGGUAGUUUUAAAACCUUUAAAAGGGAGGUCAGGAUGCGUAGAGAAGCCUGAGCCGUCGAUCACUGACGCACGUCGCCUCUGAAACAUUUGUGACGUCUUAAAGGGGCUGAUUUUUUUUUGUGGUCGAUGUGACCGAUUCACAAUCCCAACGUGUCCCUUUACGAACAAGAAAAGCAACACACACAUUCUGCUUCUGCGACGCUCUCCUCGUUAGCCAUUCGGAGGCGCUGUUGCUGUAAUUUCAGGAGCAGAAUGAUAACGGAGGCGGACGUGCAGGCUUCCUGUGAGCUGAGUGCAUGCCGUCAGCAGGGGGCGCUGGUCGGUCUGCACAAUGCAACAAAAAAAGAAGAAGAAAAUCUGAUUUGAUUUUAAUUUAAUAAAUGCUUUUAAGUGAUCUCGUUGAUUAAAAGUGCAUCAAGUCGCUUUUUAAAAACAGAGAAUCUGAACUUGAUUCAACAGAUUCGACUCUUCUUUUUUUUUUGCAGUGCAGAUCUACUGGUCGUUCCCAUUUCUCCCAUCGCACCCCGUCUGCUUCAACUAAAACAAACAUAGUGACUAAGCACAUCUUUGUAGAAGAGUAUAUGCAUUUGAUUGCAAUGUUUCUUUCUUUUGUAAACUGUUGAUAAAGACAUAAAGGACAAUGACAAAGAGUUAAGAUAAAUGUACAUAAAUGUAUAUAAUCAGAAAGUGCAGAGUAAAUGUAACGGGUGAAUUUCUAUUUUUAACACUGACUAGAUAAUGUGAAAAAAAAAUCUGCUUUUCUUUUCUUCUUCUUCUUCCUCUGUUAGUUUGAUGAGAUGUCGUUUCAUCACGUGUCGUUUUUUUUCUGUUUCAAAUCUAAACAGACGUUUUUGUUUCGUAGUUUCUUACAAGCAAAAAAAAAAAGGCGUUGGUCCCACUUGUGUUGUGCACACUUGUUGCAUGGAGAGUAGCCUUCUUUGUUUGUUUUUUUCUUAUAGUGAUGUUGGUGAGCAUGUCAUGUCCGUGUGUGAGACUGUGGGUUUACCCUCAACAUUGAUAACCCCCCCUCUAAAAAAAAAAAAAAAAGAAAAUGAGAAAUUAGGAAUCCACAUCGCUUUUAAAAAAAAACUCCACGUUCAGCUGGCUCGGGUCAGGAAACAUUUUCAUGUGUGUUCAGAGACUUCAGGUCAGACAGGGCUAAACUAACAUCAACGCUUCUCAAUCCUUUGAGUCUGCAGGCGGAGAUUUGAUUUCUAGUUUUGUACUCUCUAUGCUCCAGGCCGCCUGUGAUUUAAAAAGCAACAAAAGUCGUUUGUAUGAAAAAUAUCCGACCCGUAGCAGGUCAUAGGUCCCGAUAAGAAUCUAGUCGAGAAGUUUCCCCUCGUGCAAAACGUCGACAUCCCUGAAUGUCUUCUCCCAUUAAAUCUCUGGUUUAUGUUUCACUCAGGUGCUUCAUGAUGCACUUGAGCUUUGUGGCAUUCAGAAAGAAAAUGUUAUGAACAAUCAGUAGAAACCAAAUCUGGAUGAAAAAUACUUUUUUUUUUUUUUUUUAAGCUUUGCACAAGAAUUUUGCAAAACACCCCCGACUACAAAGCCGUUUUUAACCCCCCCGGGAUCUGAUUUUGUUGAUUGCUAACCAAAUAACUAACUUGACCAUCAUGGGUGCAAAAAAAAUGCAAAAUGACUUGACCAAUCCCGUACCGCAGCUCUCACAUAUUGAUCUCAGACCAGGGAGUAAAAAAGACUUUUCAGAUUUUUUGAAAGAGCGACUUUCUCUGUGGAACAGAAAACAACACUUCCUGUUUUGAAGGACUCGAGGCUGAUUUGAAAAGUAUAGAACAAGAGCCUCGCUCCUUAAGAGAUUAAAUCUUGACUUUCCUUGAAGCUUUAUCUUAGAUUGCGCGUGGUAUGUUGCCAUGACAACAGCAGAAACUUUAAGGUCUAAAAAUGCAGUUAAAGGUUUAGUUUUCAAAAGGGAGUGGGAAGAUGAUGACAUCUCUGGACGGCGCACUGCAUCCCGGACUUUUGGUCAAAUAUAUCAAACAUUAAAAACACCAGGAGACAUAUUCCAUGUGUCCUCGCCAAUCUCCCUCUGCCCGCCGCACAUGCAUGUCUUUCUCCUUCCCUCAACAAGCACACUGAUCUGCUCUGAGCCCCGUCAGAGCAGCUCGAGUCGUCCUUUAAAACACACAAAGACAAGAGAACCUCCAGUGUGACGCUGAACAAAGUCAGCCGUCACAUGUCAGAGCCUGAUGGCGGCGACCACGACUUAAAGUCUUAACCGCUGGCGUUGGAGUUCUUCUGCAGGGAGGCUGACGCAUGUGUUUUUUUGUUUGUUGUUGUUUUGUUUGUUUUUUGGCGGUUUGUGUUGAAGCUUGUUCUCUUCUCGGUAUUCUUCUUCUAAAUCUUCUGUUCUUGAAUAAAGCAGGAAUGUUUCGUCUGUGAACGGGCUGUGAAAACGUUACGACUUUUUAUCCCUCUGUGAGAACCCCCCCCCGCCCCCGCAGGAUAGAGUUCACGUCUUGAGGGUGACAUCGCCGAGCGCGUCCGUCGUGUGCCUCGACUCGCCGCCGAUCGCUCCCUCUGCAAAACCAACACAGUUUAGGUAUUUUCUAUUGAAUGCAGUAACUUAUGGGCCAGUACAUAUUUACUCAGUGCAAUGCAGUUAUCAUUAUAAUAAUACUAUUAUGAAUAAUAUUUUUGUUUCUUUUUUUUUGUAUUUGUACAGAACAAAUGUGUAAAGAUCAGUGAGGAAGACGUGAGCUUUUUGAUACUGUGACUCAUGGUGUUUCAAAGUCAGUUUCUCCCUGUACAGUUGUGAUGAUUUCCCCGUUCCUCCCCUUCGUCUUUUAUAGAAUAAAACAUGUUUUUGGUGCAAUUUAA